AAGCCUGUGCCUGUGGCGCUGGUGGCCUGGCUCAUGUCCCAUGAGCUGUGAGGUGCGCGCAUCGGGGGCGCGCAGACGCGGCACUCAUGUUCCGGUGAAAUUCAAACGGUUCCGUCCUGUGCUUGCGGCGGGAGGCGGAGGAGACUCCGGGACAGCGGCCUAAGAUGUCAAAUGUCUAGAAUAAAUGGCGUCCAAAGUAACAGAUGCAAUAGUUUGGUACCAGAAAAAGAUUGGAGCAUACGACCAGCAAAUAUGGGAAAAAUCUGUAGAACAAAGAGAAAUAAAGUUCAUUAAAUUGGGUUUACGGAACAAGCCAAAGAAAACUGGGCAUGUAAAACCAGACCUAAUUGAUGUGGAUCUUGUCAGAGGGUCUGCAUUUGCAAAAGCAAAACCUGAAAGCCCAUGGACAUCUCUGACGAGGAAAGGAAUUGUUCGUGUUGUGUUUUUUCCUUUUUUCUUUAGAUGGUGGCUUCAAGUUACUUCAAAGGUCAUCUUUUUUUGGUUGCUUUUACUAUAUCUUCUUCAAGUUGCCUCAGUAGUUCUUUAUACCAUUUCACCCGGGCCUCACUGUGUACCCUUUACUGAAAUUAUUGGACCAGUAUGGCUGAUGCUUCUCCUUGGAACAGUGCAUUGCCAGAUUGUAUCAACAAGGACUGUUAAAUCGCCUCCGGUUAUCAUUGGAAAAAGGAGAAGGAAAUUAAGAAAAGCAGCACAUUUGGAAGUACAUAGGGAAGGCGAUGGCUCUAGUACUACAGAUAAUACACAGGAGGGAACUUUGCAGAACUACGGUACAAGCUCCUCUUACAGUAUUGGCACAGUCUUCAGAGAUAUCUGGCAUGCUGCUUUCUUUUUAUCAGGUUCAAAGAAGUCAAAAAAUUCUAUCGACAAAUCUACAGAAACUGACAAUGGUUACGUAUCAUUAGAAGGGAGGUUGACAGGUAAAAGCAGUGAAGAUGGAGUACACAUCCAUGAGCCUCAUAGUGAAACCGUCCAUUCUGAAGAGACCACAUGGGCAGCAGGAACUAACAGGACUCAUCAAGCCAAGCCAAUAUACAACAAAACAAAAACCGAUGCGCAGAGAUCCUUGGCUAAUGUUUCUGAUGAGGUUUCCAGUGAAGAUGAUCCCAGCACAGGAUACAUUGCACGGCGUAACAUGGAUCGGCCUCAUAAUGACAGUGUGCUCAGAAACAGAAAGUCUCAUCAUUACAAAAAGCACUAUACAACUGAGGAAAUGCAGAAAUCAGGCACCAGCUGUAGUUCCCGCUGUUCGAGUUCCCGACAAGAUUCUGAAAGCACCAGACCAGAGUCGGAAACUGAGGAUGUUCUGUGGGAAGAUUUGCUGCACUGUGCAGAAUGCCGUUCCUCCUGCAGCAGUGAGACGGAAGCCGACACUAAUCCUGCCAACUUAUGCAUUAAGAGGGAAUAUAGAGAUGAUCCUUUUCAUCAGGGUAAUCUGCCUUGGCUGCAUAGUUCUAAUCCUGGGCUUGAGAAAGUCAGUGCUAUUGUGUGGGAAGGAAAUGACUGCAAGAAAGCAGAUAUGUCUGUUUUGGAGAUCAGUGGAAUGAUAAUGAACAGAGUGAACAGCUAUACCCCAGGAAUUGGAUAUCAGAUAUUUGGGAACGUUAUCGCUCUAAUUCUGGGUCUGACUCCAUUUGUGUUUAGACUGUCUGAAUCAAGGGACAUGGAGCAGCUGGCAACACUCUCUGCUUCAGAACUGUACAUCAUUGCAUUUGGCUCCAGCAGUGACAUCAUGGUCAUAUCCAUGGUAGUGAUUAGUUUUAUUGUUCGGGUUUCCCUGGUCUGGAUUUUCUUUUUCUUAUUAUGCGUAGCAGAGCGGACAUACAAGCAGAGAUUACUGUUUGCAAAAUUAUUUGGCCAUUUGACUUCUGCCCGGCGAGCACGCAAGUCUGAAGUACCACACUUCCGUCUGAAGAAAGUGCAGAAUAUUAAGAUGUGGCUUUCUCUUCGGUCAUACUUGAAGCGUCGAGGUCCUCAGCGUUCUGUUGAUGUAAUCGUUUCAUCAGCUUUCUUACUGACUAUAUCCGCAAUAUUCAUAUGCUGUGCACAGCUUCUACAUAUUCAUGAAACGUUUCUGGAUUGUCACUACAACUGGGAACUAGUUAUCUGGUGUAUUUCUUUAACACUCUUUUUAUUGAGAUUUGUUACACUUGGAUCAGAAACCAGCAAAAAAUAUAGCAAUACCUCAAUUCUGUUGACAGAACAGAUCAAUUUGUACUUGAAAAUGGAGAAGAAGCCAAACAAGAAGGAAGAGCUGACUCUUGUCAACAAUGUGUUAAAAUUAGCAACUAAGUUGCUGAAGGAGCUGGAUUGUCCCUUUAGGUUAUAUGGUCUGACGAUGAAUCCUCUGCUUUACAACAUCACCCAGGUGGUCAUCUUGUCUGCAGUGUCUGGUGUCAUUAGUGAUCUGCUGGGAUUUAAUCUCAAGUUAUGGAAGAUCAAAUCAUGACAAUAAACAGAAGCUCUUCCUACUAGUUAUCUGAAGCAAGAUUAUGGACUUUCUGCGAGAAAGUAAACUGAUGCACAGCAGUUACUGUGGUUGUGUUCAGAAGCUAAAGCCUGUGGCAAGACAUGAAUUUCAAAACUGAAGUGUUUACGUCUGACUGACUUCAGUUUGUGCAAUCUUUUUUUUUAUUUAUUUACCUUCUCAGUGUUUGUUUUAUGUUUUUGUUUUAUUCUAUGAUUUUAGCUUUCACCCAUGUAAGGGGUAUGAGUGAACACCAUUCUAUAGCUCAGAAGACAUCAUCCAGUGAUUCACUGAACACCCUCCAUCUACCAGGCACAGAUUUACCUGAUGUACUUGUUUUGAUUAUUUUUUGUUUGUGUCAAGGCAUUUGUUUGUCAGGUGACCGAUCUUGUUAAAGAAUGAAAAAGUACCCAAGCCUACACUACUGAGGACUGAAGCCUCCAGACUACAGUAUUCUUUAGAAUAAAUCAUAAUCUGUUCAAAAAGCAGUGUGUGAAAUAUUACAUUAGGAAAUUAGUUGGUGAUCUUGGAACCAGCCUUGUUGGAUUGUCAAAAUUGGAAGUAGAAAGAAACAAAAUUGGAUCUACAAUACUAUUUAUAGAGGUACACUUCAUUUAAAGGGUACACUCACAAAUGAAAGAAAAACAAUACAAUCAGAAUUACUAUUUUGGUAAUAAUGGGUCACUGGCUGUAUCAAUCACAAUAAUCUGGCCACAGAGCCAAAAACGUAUUAGCGGUUUAGAAAGUUAUCUAAUGUGUUUAAAAAUUAUGCUCUAGUCUUAUUACACGUAACAGGCAGAGCUCCAUGUGUCUGUGCCCGCCCAAGAAAUAUAUAGAAAUUAGAUUUUUCGUAGAUGUAUAAUUAAACAUAUUAAGCACAUGAAUAGUAACUCAUAUCACAAUAAUUAUCUUUGGAUCUGUAGGCUGUUGUGGAAUAUAUAGAUUUUGCCAUGUGUGUAAACUCUUGUUGUAAAGUGUGGUUCUAAAUGAUCGAUGACGAUCACACAUCAUUUAAGAAUGCAGCUACAGAGUUAUGGUAUGCUACAUAAGUCGUAAAAACUGUCUGUAACAUUACUAUAAAAUAAGCUUUUUUUUUUUUUUUUUUAACCAAAGGAUGGGCACUGCGUGGUGCUAAUUCCAACGGAUGGUACACACACAGCUUUUUUUGGUCUUUAUUGCACUAAUAUAGUAGUUAAUUGGGAUAUUGUGUUUCCAUGCUUCUUGUAGUAAAUGACACAAAUACUGUGUAUGUGGAAAAAUGACAGAGCUUUUAUAAAAUGAUUUAAUUGUAACUGGGAUUUUAUGAAGCAUACUGUAUAUCGAAAAUGUUUAUUUGGUGCUCCUUGGAUGUUUGAUUAUAAAUCACAAGACUUAAUUUAUAGAAGCUAUAUUAAGACUGGGCAGUAGGUAAUGUUCUUUGUGCGAGAAUAUAUCCUCUUCUUAAAGCCAUUAACUCCUUAAUAUUGCAGCACCUUAAAAUCUUAUGCAUUUUUAUGCUUUACUGGGUCUUGUAUUGCAGUUAGAAUAAUUACAACACAAGUAGUGGUCAUCCUAAAAUAUAUGCACUAACAAGUCUAAUAAUGGUCUAAAUGAUCCUGGUAAGAUUACUACUGGGAAUCGGCUAGAUUAAUAUUUGCACUAAUAUUGGUCACUGUUACAUACCAGCAAUAUUUUAGCAUCCUUUAGCUGUAUACAAAGAUGGUCAGGUAAGCCUAAGGCUUGUUGUUAAGGCAGCAUCAGAGCUAUAGUACUGAUGUAUAUAACGAAAAGAAAGGAAGAAUGAACUGUUGACUUGGUCGGUUUUGUGUUAGAAAAUCAACAAUCAUAUUUGCUGUUUUUAGGUAGGACAUUCAUUUUUCCUUGUCCUGUAGACAUAUGCGCCAGUUGAAGUGUAACUAAAGGCAACGUUUACUUUUUUUAUUUUUCAGUUUUGGAUAGUUGAGAAAGAUUUGGAACACCUGUGAGUUUUUAUUACUGUCUGUUUCCCCAUUGGAUAGAUCCACCCUCUCUGUUUGUCUUGUUUACCGUUAUCACUGAAAGUGAGGGUAAAAUAAAAUUCCAAAUUUGGGUUGAAGCCAGAACAGAAAUAAAGGGGAAAUCUUCCAAUGACACCCUGGGAUUUCCUCACUUUGGGAUGAUUUCCUCUCACUUCCUGUUCUGGUUAUGGGACAGGAAGUGAGAGGAAAUCUCCUGGAUGGGUUACAGAUGGCAAGAAAAACUGUCAGAGUUUAUAACUUUAUAUUCUAUCCAAAAUGAAAAAAUCCGAUUUGCCUUUAGUUACACUUUAAAUAUUUUUAUAUAUCAGGGUCUGCUGGCAGGACUUAUAGGUGUGCAUGGCACCAUUGCUUGCUGUCACUCAGUUGUGGCACAAACUGAUUUUAAAGUGACACCAUCAGGCUAAAAAAAAAAAUGCUCCCUGCAUCAAAAGAGGUAUUAUACUCGCCUCCCCAGCAGCCUGGGAGUGUUAGAUGCCUGGGUCCCCUGCUGUGCACUGUGGUUCUUAAAUACCCUAUAUCACCAAAGCACACAACCGUUUGAGGAUGGAGAGACAGGUUUCCAACACUCCUAGAAUGCUGUCCUUUGGAGGCUGCAGUGCAGGAACAGUGAAGAUGGGAGACGUGGGCUACCAAAGAAAUUAGUAUAAUGCCUCUUUUAUUGCAGGGAACUUUAAGCUGGGUUCUUUUUCUUGAGCUUGACCGGGUCACUUCAAAAGGAAAACUGAGCUGCAAUGGACCACUAGGGGGGAAUUUAUCAAGACUUCAGCAGCCAGAAUUCGGAGCAGUUGUGCAUGGCAAUUGAUCAGCUUUUAGCUUCAGCUUGUUCGGUUAAGCUUUGAAAAUGCACGAGAGAAGAGAAUUGGUUGCCACACACAACUGCUCCCAGUUUUGCUAAAAUCCUCCAAUAGUCUGCACUUGUACAGUAUGUGACAUAUAUCCACAUAUAGGUGCUACUGAGUUUAAACAAUCAAUACAUCUAAUGUGCAGUUAAUGACUAUAAGGUUUUAUUUGUAUUGAUAAAGAAAUAUUCCCUAACAGAGCAAUAACUGUACAUGGUUUUGAUUUGUAGGCUUUUAUUAAACAAGUGCUAGAGGAGUAGUUGUGAAACACUUUGCUUGUUUGCAAUAUUGUAACAAUGCUGAUGAGCAAUUCUUAUUGUUACAGUCAUCUGUGUAUGAAUAUUUUGCUAAUUUUUGUUAUGUUAAAUGCUUUGCUUGUUGGUAAAAUAGUUAUCUCCAAAGUCAUUUCACAAUUCUUUCUCCGACCUUGCAUAUCGUUUAUUGUCUUGCUAUAACAAUCCAAUCCCAAAAGUAACACAAAUAAGAAUUGUAGCAAAUGGAUAUCUGUAGUUUUGUUUUGUUCUUGUUUUUUUUAAGAUAUUAAGCUUUUUUUUGUGAAAUGCCGUGUCUGUGUUGCUUUAAAUUUGCACCAUUUAAGGGGCAAUUAACUGUGUAUUUUAUUUUAGAUGUUCCUAAGAAAAAAUGGGUGCCAAAAUAACGGUGUUUUGAUAUAAAAUGACCUGUACAGUGUUGUCUUAUGUGACUUAAUUUGUAAAAGUGAAUAUUAGUAAAGCUGUUACAUUUGCA